CCCAAAAACCCAAAACCAAAUCUCGAUAUCCCCUUCUAAAACCCCAUCACCACCACAGCCCUCACCGCCGCCGCCGCCGCCGCCGCCGCUUCUGCCAUAUGCCACCGCUAUGCUCCGAUGAACACCACAAAACAGUGGCCCAAGAGGGCCUUAAUCCUCUCACGUCUCCUAACACGUGCGUUCUUCUCCAACAACAGCACCAGCACCUGUUCUUCCCCUUCCCCGACGUUCCCUCUAAAGCACGUGACCAGAUCCAACUUCGACUCGGCCCUCGUUGAGCUCCGUUCACACGUGCGAGCAGCCGACUUUGUGGCCAUCGACUUGGAAAUGACGGGGGUCACUAGCGCGCCGUGGCGGGAAUCGUUCGAGUUUGACCGGUUCGAUAUUCGGUAUCUUAAAGUCAAAGAUUCGGCCGAGAAAUUCGCUGUUAUUCAGUUUGGAGUUUGCCCUUUUCAUUGGGACUCGGUUAAGCAAUCGUUCAUUGCUCACCCGCACAAUUUCUUUGUAUUUCCUCGUCAAGAGAUUCCACUAGAUGGACCAUCUUAUGAAUUCCUCUGCCAGACGACGUCAAUGGAUUUUUUGGCUAAAUACCAGUUUGAUUUCAAUGCCUGCAUACAUGAAGGAGUAUCUUACUUAUCCAGAGGACAAGAAGAUGAGGCCCGAAGACGAUUAAAAUCACUUUAUGAAGAGCAGUUAGUGAAUUCGUCACAUAAUUUACGAGAGACUAUGGAUGUACCCUUGGUCAGAGUGGCAGAUGUUCUCUUCACUGAAAGAAUGAAGAAAAGAUUGAGUGAAUGGCGUGAUGAGUUGUUACAGAAUAGGAGUAGAGGGCCUCAAGAUCAAGGGGCUUCAAAUGACUUGAAUCAACAAUUUCAAACAGUUUUCUUUAAGAUGCGUCCUGCUCUGAGUUUGAAUGGUUUCACUUCUCAUCAACUCAGUCUGAUACGAAUGGUCAUAAGGAAGCAUUUCAAAGAUCUUGUUUAUGUUCGUUUCAAUGGUGAAAGUUCUUCACAAGAAUUAGUGGUUUUUACAGAUUCAGAGAGUGAUAAGGACAAACUUGUGGAGGAGGUGAAGAAUGAGCAUUACAGAAGUACAGAAAUGAAGAUCCAUGCUGCAGUGGGGUUCCGUCAUGUGAUUGAUCUCCUUUCCUCGGAAAAUAAGUUGAUUGUUGGCCACAAUUGCAUCCUGGAUAUUGCCCACAUACACAGCAAAUUCCUAGGUCCUCUUCCUUUGACUGCUGAAGAAUUUGUCUCCUGUGUUAACAAGUACUUCCCAAAUAUCAUUGACACCAAAAUUCUAUUGAAUGCUGACAACAUACUACAGCGACGGAUGAAGAAAUCAAGCACAUCAUUGUCCUCAGCUUUUUCCUUAUUAUGCCCAGAAAUUGCUCAUGGGUUUAAAAGUAAAGUUCAGUCUUCUCAGCCAUGUGUUAAAGUUGAGGUCCAUGUGGAUGAAAUGAGGUCCUCUGAUUGGAACUCUGGAGCCAAGCAUGAGGCUGGCUACGAUGCUUUUAUGACAGGCUGUGUGUUUGCUCAGGUCUGUAGUCAUCUAGACAUUGAUUUUCAACUUUAUUCAACUUCUGAAAAUCUAGUCCAGAAUGAAAAGCUCCAGAAGCACAUGAACCUUCUAUAUCUGAGUUGGAUUAAUGGAGAUAUUAUUGAUCUAAGGACAGGUAGCAGGACUGCAGAAUUUUUGGGUUCUAAUAUCCUCAGAAAGCGGUUUCCACGGAUUUUAUACAAGAACAUUGUUUUAAUCUGGGGAUUCCCAUCUAAACUAAAACCAAGUGUGAUAAGAGAAUGCAUCUGCAAAACCCUUGGCCCUACUUCUGUUAUUUCCAUCUACCGAAUGGAUCAAACUGCAGUGUUUGUUCAGUUCAGCAAGGCAGAAUUGGUCUUAGACUUUCUGAUUUUGAAGGAAAGCCUAGAACGAAGUGAUGAUGCCAUUUCUGUUCUGCAUCCUCUUUCACAACUUUUGGAAGGUGGAAAUACUCAUGCUGCUAGUUAUGAAACAUAUAAAGAUAUCUGCGAAUCACCUGUCUCAGAAUUGUUGUUCGCAGAUCAAGCGGAGGCUGUAGGUAUCAAAUGGAAGACCAAAUUGUUGCCAUCGGAUGUAGUGGAGAGGCAAGAGGAUAAUCAUUUCCAUCUAGAAAAUGCACUGGAUCAUACUCCAGAGACUGUUGAAAAAUCCAAGAUAAGGAAGGCAGAGGAUGUAGUACAUGAUUCAUCGAAUAAGCAGUUGACAUGUGAUGAGAUCAUCGAUUCUCUUCUUAAAGUCGAAAAGAUUAGAAGAACCACUAAUUUGUAACUCAAGGCUUAAAUUAAAGGCCAUUUUUUGAGCUCUUUUUCCUCUUACUUUCACAUUGAGAUUUUUGUAUACAAAUGUUAGGAUUACUGAGUACAAUGAUAAAAUUUAGAAGUGUGAGAUCACAUUUUGAUGGCAAUUUUUAAGCCAUCUUCUGUACAUGAACAAUUUGUCUAUGAAAUAAAAUUUAUAUAU